AAAUAAUUGGCUUGAUAACAAGCAUAGGCAGACAAUAAAAACUGCAAUACUUAGUAAUAUUAUUCAACAUUAUUAAACUAUAAGCUACUCCAACGCAAAGUCCAGAAGAAUGAAGUGCGUCAGUGUCUUCUUCAUUGCCAUUUCGCUGAUAUUUGCAAUCCUUUUAGCAACGCCAACUGUACAAGCAGAAAAAUGUAAGUCUCCCAGAAAUUGCAGUAAGCAAUUUAAAAAGUCCUGCGCCGGUGCUGCCGCUGCUUUCCCUACAGGAUCAAAAGUAGUAUGUUACAAGGGUGAAUGUGAAUGUCAUACCAAUGGGUAGUUAUAAGGUUAAAAUAUAGCCUGAGAUCCUAUAA